AUGGAGCUGGGGACCGGGCAGUUCGCGCAGAGCCUGCCCCGCCUGCGGGCGCUGGUCCUAGGCUGCGACUUCCUGGGGCUCGAUAUGGAAUUCACAGGUUUACAUUCAGUCUUUCCAAAAGGCAAGCAGCCCAGUCUCUUCGAUUCACCUGCUGAGUGGUAUCUGAAGGCCAGACGGAGUGUUCAGAAGUUCACAGUCAAUCAGCUCGGGUUGUCUAUAUUUUCAAAUGAAAAAUCAAACAAGUAUGUUGCACACUCCUAUAACUUCUUCCUCUUCCCCACAACAUUUGGAGUCAUGGACUCUGAAUUCUCUUUCCAGGCGUCUAGCAUUCAGUUCCUGACGCAUUACGGUUUUGAUUAUAAUAAGUUUCUGAAAGAUGGAAUCCCAUAUAUAAAUGAGGUACAGGAGAAGAAACUUCAGCAAGGUCUCUUAACUGGAAACUGGAAAGUUCGCAGCACUUUGGACAAGGAUAAAGUGAAAAAGGUGAUUGAUGAUGUGACAAGCUGGGUGCCAUCAGCAGAAGAGGGAGGCUCUAUGGUUCUACAUGAUAUUAGUGGUUUUCAGAUAUUUGAGGUACAGCUGAUUCUGAGACAGGCACUUCCAGAUGUUUGGACAGAGCCUUUUGGAGACCAGAAGGUGAUGGUGAAAAAGGUGAGUCCACGGCAUCGCUGGCGUCUACAGAACUCUUCUUAUGACUGCUGCCGAAAGGAGCUCGUUCUUCUCUCUGCCCGGGGUUUCACCAACCUCUUCCAGACCCUUGUUGAAGCCAAGAAGCCAGUGGUGGGACACAACAUGCUCAUGGACCUUCUGCAUCUUCAUGACAAGUUUUACAAGCCCCUCCCAGAAAGUUAUGAGGAGUUUAAAAGGAACAUUCACAGCCUGUUUCCUGUCCUCAUAGACACCAAGAAUGUAACAAAAUCAAUCUGGAAGGAAUUUCAGUUUCCUCGAGCAUCUAACCUUCUAGAAGUUUAUGAAAUCCUGUGCAGUGACCUAAAUCCCACCAACCCCACAUGUCCGGUGAUUGCCCAUGCAAGUGACUGUUCAAAAUAUGCUGACAAGAAAUCUCCCCAUGAGGCAGCCUAUGAUGCAUUUCUCUGUGGAUCAGUUCUUUUGAAAUUAGCUCACUUGCUUCUAGGCAGAAUGCCAUGUGACACGCUGGAGACUGGUUCCUCUUUCUCUCAGUAUCUCGGUGCAUUAACCAAGUACCUGAACCAGGUGAAUCUGAUCCGAGCUGGCGUUUCAACAAUCAAUUUCUCUGGCACAGAUGUCCCUAGCCAACGUCCACCUCUUCUGAUUGCCAGUGUUCGGGGAUGGCCUGGGGUGGAUGAAGAACAGAUCUAUCAAAAGUUAAAAGCUCUGUGCAAGUUUGAUGUCAGACGACUGACCGAGAACCAAUUUCUGUUGCUCUCCAAUAAAUUUAAGGAUGUCAGGGUUGUUCUGCGAGAUUAUAAAGCUCACCCCAAUCUGCGGAUUUCACUCUAUCGCCACUGGAGACACUCACCACAAGUGAACUGCUUGCUACAAAUUUGUGGGAUUGUGGCAUCAUGGUCUCUUCUGGCCUUUGUGUUUGGAGGAUCUCCAUGGUAUGCCAUGUAA